AAAGUCAAAAUGCGCAGCCUGUGAGGUGCUGGCGCAAAGCUGCUUUGCGCAGUUGCGCUUCUUGUUCUGUUUGCGAGCUUGCAUCAACACGCUCCAGUCCCUGCCUUACAUGUAAUCACCUCGACUUCAGUCCAAUCCUGCACUUCACGUGUCAUUCCUCUCUCCCUUUCUUCAUCUGAACGUCCGAUUCGAUGCCCUGAUCCGAACGACCUUGCAUGGAACAUAUCGCAGACUCGCUUCCGCGGUUCACAACUCGUUCGAGCUACCUCCCAUCAUGAUGGCGUCGCAGGGCGCAUCGCGGAGGCCCAUGUCCUACAGUAAACGCGAUCGCCAGAAUCGCUCUACCGAGUCCAGGAUGGACGUAUCACAGAUAGAUCCCUACGACAUUCCUGACGACGAUGAAACGACCCCACGGGCCAAGGCCACCUACAGUCGCCUGAAUCGCAACAAGCCGACAAAGAGAAACCCAUCAGAUUCAACGGCCGAUCCGUAUGAAUUUCCUAGCUCCGAAGAAACUGUCCAACUACAGCGAGCACAACCCGCAAAUACCGCUGGCAACAGACUCAAGCCAGUGCCCCGGCCGAAGCGGACACCCUCGAAACCCGCGCUUGUCGAACGCGCCUCGACCGUAUCCAAGAGUCCCGAGACUGGAGUCAAGAGGAAAAUGAACCAGAUGGAGGGAAGGACGGUCAACAUCUCAUGCAAGCGUUAUGCGACAGAACGAACUGAGGUUGUCGCUUCCAAGGCCAAUGCGAAAGCGAAGGCGCAUGACCUGGCUUCAGUAAAGUCCAAUGCGCCAAUGCCACCAUCGACCCCGAAAGAAAGACACGCGAACAGGAUAAAGACGCCCAAGACAGCCUAUGGAUCUGAUGAGCAGCUAGUCAAUGAAGCCGAAUCACGCAAACUCCAACAAUCGGUCUCUCUCCCUUCGAGGGCAGCAGCCAACACGGGCACGCCUGUGCUGCCUCAUGCUCAGAGAAAGUCACGCCUCAUUGAUACUUUGGCAGCCCAGGCAAACGAGGAUUCUGAACCCGACUCCGAUCUUGACGACGAACCGACGCCCCGGAAUCAGAGAUUCGCCACGCCAGUUGAUACACAAGCGGAAGACAUCGGUUCCGCCUCGCAAACCCCAAGUUCGCAACGCGUCAACAGGGCCGGGCCAGAUACGUGGGCCAGAUCUGCACAGCCCCUAGUUUCCAGCAAGAAGGUCAAGCGGACAUACGGUCAUGUGCGGCGUAUUCGUGAAGAUUCGCACCACGGCAGUCCGUUUGCCUUGGGCGGUGACCUGCAGAGCGAUCCUUUAGUACCGAGUACACCUGGCUUCUCCAGCCCCGGACCUCCCCUCGACGAUUAUGACAUGGAAGAUGAUGAUGGGCUUGCUGUCAAUUUCAAGAGCGUACACGAACUCAAGCGUGAAGGUGCAAACCACAGAUUCACCGAUGUCAUGGACGAGAUGCACCUGCGGAUAGGGAUUCCUACUGAGAAGCCAUCUUCUCUACGGCGCAACGCAUUGCUUGAGUUGGCACAGAAACUUCAGGAAUCUAGCUUCGCGGUUCAAUUUCGAGAUUCAACGAUACGCGACGAUUUGGCCCGCAGUAUCGGACAAGAGAACGACAUUAUAAGCGGAUUCGCCAUGGUGGCUGCGUUGGUUGUGUUCCUCUCGUCACAUAGCGCACCCAACCUGCUGCAAAGGCUGGUAGAAGAGGGCUUAGGGAAGCUGCUAGCAAGAUUGCUGCAGAAAAACGAGGACAUCAUGGAUGUGGCGUCACAGAGAAGCACCAAUCUUUCCAAGUCGACCAAGAGCACCAUGAGCAAGCUAGUCACCGAGAUAAAGCGCAUGAAGAUUUGGCACGGUCGUACCAUCAGCGCUAUCACACCACGAACCCUGACCUUACGGCUUAUGCAGGACCUGCAGCAUCAUCUCGAUGUUAGACUCAUGGCUCAAGUAUUCGAAGAAAUAGAAGACAGACUGGAUAUGGCUAUGGAGGACGAAGUGAUGGGAGGAUACGGGAAGCGUAUCGACGGCAUCCUGAUCCUCCACAUCUUACAACACAGUACUGGCUACGACAACUCGCAGCUCACUCCGCAGCAGUUUGACCGCCGUGCGGCAUGCUGCCUGCGCUUCUUUGAAAUGGCUUUGGAAAAGUGGCCGGACACGACGACAGCCGAGGCAGAUACUGCCGUCUUGAAGUGGACUAUCAAUACGACAAACUCCAAGGCAGGCGCUGCUGUAUUCGGUACACCUCAACUCUUGGACAACCUUGCCAGUUCGAUACAUGCAACACUGCGCCAGUCCUACGAGGCUAGUUACGAAGACUUUGCUACGGACGGCAGGUUGCUAGAUGUGCUCCCUUUAGCCAUGUGUGUUAUGAUCAACAUCAUGGAGCACCACCCGCUCGCAAGGCGAAGUCUACAACGUGGGGCGUUGAAGAGCCUUGGAAGUCUAUACUUCGAGCUACGCCCAUCAAUUGUGGACGCUGACACGGAGGAAAAAUCCAAAGUCAGCGUUGCCGUUGGUUACCUCGCCAUUAUUCUCGGUUACUGUGCUCUAGAGGAAAGCGGGCGGACUAUCAUAACCGGCCAAGGCACACCCGAUGGUAUUCAAGACAUAACUGAAGCGAUAGGCCACUUCGUAGCCUUGCAGCGCACUGUCGACGCCAGGGUACACGAACUUGAACACCUCGUCAGCGAGCUGCAGCAAGUGACUCGGAGAAGGAAGGCAAUAUGAGCUUCUUUGCCUUUGUACGUCACAAUUCCAUAGACGACGACAUGUUGGAUUACGCAAUCCCGGUAUGAACAGGUUUAUCUACUUGGCUAGGUUGGGAUUCAUAACAGCGUUGCUUUCGAUGUACUACUUGAUCUCGGGGAUUGAGGGGGGUGAUGGGGCAAAGACGCUUCAUGGAUCUCGAGAAAUCGGGCUGGCCCCAAACGGCUCUCAAUUGCGCUGAUUUAUUGCCACUUCGAUUCUCGUGUGUAAACAACACCUUUAGUUGGCUGCUGACCUGACAUUGGCCUUCAAUGUGGUCUUCUAGAGGUCCAGUCGAGUCCCAUGUCUGACACGUGCAGGCUUGUGGUCGACGUCACCCAGGGUCCCUUACCCGCAAUCGGAUC